CUGCAUUAUUAUUGUUCUGUUAUGUAGAGAAGAAUCAUUUACAAACAUCUUUAUAAGAACAUAUUUUUGUAUUUGAUAUUGUGGGACGGACAACAAACUGAAGUUAAGAUAUUUUAAAAAGUAGAACUGUAGUAAAUAAACAUCACUUAAAGAUCGUGAUUCAAUUUGAAGUGGUUUGCAGUCUGUUCUCCCUUUAGUGCCAUAAUUGUUUAAAUAAUCGUGGUAAUGCAUGUUUAUUGAAAUUGUUUCGAGUGCAGAAAUUAGAAAUACUAAAAAAACAUCAUAUUUCGAAUUUAAGGUUAAAGAGACUGGCUUAAUAUUGAAACGCAUUCGAUUAGAUCAUGCUGAUGUACGUUUUAGACAAUCAGUUGAACAAUUCUCAUUUGAAAUAUUAGUCAUAGAUUUUAAAAUACAACCUAUGAGAUUAUUAAACAUUGACUUGGGUUUAUUACAUGAUGUUUUAUCGGCUGUAACAAGUUUUUUACUAAUUUUAAUACAAAGUGAUUUGACUUUAAGAUUUUCUUUGAAAUAAACAACAAAAUUUUCAUAUUUCUAAAAAAAAUCAAAAUUAACAAAAACGUAACAAAAUUUUAUAGAAUUUAUAAAGAAAAAAAAUAAAAAUUUUUUCUUCAACUAUGGAUGAAGUUGAAUUAGAAUCUUUUGGUACUACAACUACAGGGAAAACCAAUCGUGGUCCUAUACCUUGGAAACAACGUUCUCGUUAUAAUAAAUGUUUAAUGAUUAGUAUUAUUUGUAUAGUUUUUGUAUGUAUUUUUAAUUUGAUUGGCUUAGUGGCAUUUUAUUGUGUUUUUAAACGUCAUGAACAAAAUUUGUAUAUAAAAGAUCAUCAUAUGUUGGAGGAACAAUAAAAUGUAAUUAAAUAAAUGUAUGUUAAAAUAUAUAA